AAAACGUCCACGGCUGAAACGAAUAUGGUGGGUGGAAACUUCAGAACCGCCUGGGGAGGACAAUGAAGAGGAUAUCGGAGAGGAUAAAGAUGAUAAUGAAGAGAGUGGAGAUGAGGAAGGAGGGGUUGCCCGCAGAACAAGACAAAGGGUGUCAUCAGAACACAGGUCCACAGAAAGGGGAAGGUCCCCCAAGUCCAGCUGUUCUUCACAUCAUCCGGAUGAGUUAUAUCCACAAGAAGAGACGGAUCAUUCUCUAAAUGUCAAAUGCGUGCUGCCUCAAGUCUUGUCACCUCAAAUGAAAGGGAUACCUCACGAAAAUGAACCAGCUCCCCAAAAGAUUGAUGAGGAUCUGCCUAAGCUUCAAGCAGGAGGACUUGGUGAAGAUAAAGAGACAGAAUCCUCCCCACAGUUAGAUAUUCAGCCUGCAACAGAAGUGAG